AUGCGUCCAAACAAUAUAUACCGGGCGAUGCAGCCCCUCCGCUCUUCAAUUGUCAGAUCUACCACAUCGACCUCAUCCCCAACAGCACACAUUUGCUCUGCCAUCGCAACACCCUUCCGCCGCUUGAAUUCGACCAUUGCUACCCCUACCGAAGGUGAAUCAUCCCUAGCACCUUCUAAACCAUCGGUGAUACCUCCUUCCCUCCGCAGCUAUCCUUAUACCUUGAAGACCGGCACCGUGGUCUCCGUUGGCCGUAUGGACCGUACCGUUCGUGUCGCCCACCGCCACACCGUCUGGGACAGUCAUAUUCGCAAGACAUACCCCCAGGUCACGACAUAUCUUGUAGCCGACCCGAAGAACUCCCUGCGCGAAGGGGACGUAAUCGAGUUCUCCUCUGGCUAUCCGAAGAGCCGGAAUGUGCGCCAUGUCGUUGAGAGGAUCAUUGCGCCGUUCGGCGAGGCAAUUGAGAACAGACCGGCUGUUUUGACGCGCGAAGAGAGGGAUGCAGAGCGAGUGGCCAAGCGAACUGCCAAGUGGGAGCGCAGGGAAGCCAGGAGAGCAGAGGGUGGCGAGAGCCAGAACUUGGGAGGACGCGAGCAUGUUGGGCGGAUCAGGAGGUUGGUUUAUGAGCGAACUGGGGCAUAG